AUGAAAGCUAUGCAUAAAUUAAUUAGAAAUGGAUGUCUUUUGAUGUCCGGCACUGUACUCAUUUUACUGUUAACAGAGUCCGCUGGGGUACGAGUAGAUUUCUUGACUAAACAAUUUUGCACAGGUGCUUGCUGGGCUGCACCUAUUACCAAUGGACCUAUUUGCGAAGCAAACUCAGCGAUCAUUGGGAGUCCAGGCCAUACAGUGGCUUACACUAUUGACGUAGGUGGUAACGCUAAAACUCUUGUAUGCUGUGAUGGAAGGGGUUACAAUGACCAACAAGAAGAGCAGUGGUACGGAAUAGACUGUGCGUACGAUACCCUCCGGAACUUCGUACCAUGGGGUAGUGUUGCGGCCAUUCCUGCCAUUCGUUGUUAUGGUACUCCUUUCGGAUCAGCUCUUAAGUUUAGGUGCGGGUAG